AUGGUUUCCCCUGCCAUGAUCCGCCUCGCCGCGGGUGCCGCCCUCUUGGCCGGUGUCAACGGCCAGUCGACCACCUCAACCACCGUCGUCGCUCCAACUACGACCGUGACCCCCAGCACCACCGUGACCGUGGCUAACCCUACGACCACGGUCACCGGCGGCGGUACCACCACCACCUUGACCUCUUCUGCCAGCUCCAGCAGCACGGCUUCCACCAGCACCUCCAUUGCGACCAGCGUCGGCAGCUCUACCGUCACCGUCAUUGCUCCCACGAGCACCUCGGUGACUACGGACUCCUCCCUUAGCAGCGGUGCUAGCACCGUCCCGAGCACCACCGAGACCUCGACUUCUACCGACUCGACGUCCUCGGACCCGGGCACCGCCACCACGUCGACCACCUCCACCGACGUCGUCACCUCUACCGUCCUCACGACCACGGCCCUGAACACCACCGAUCCCGGCGUUCUCCCUACCUUCACCAGCUCGACCGUAACCCUUCCCAAUAACAGCACUACUGUCGUCCCGGUCCCAGUUGAUCCCACCACCGGGCCCAUUGUCACCACCCCUCCCGUCUUCCCCAACGGAACUGCCCCUAUCACCAUCCCUCCCCCGGUGACAACCACUACUUGCAACUACAACGGCACCUGCAAUGUCAUCACCCUGCCCCCUUUGACGACCGUCACCCGCUGCAACUUUAACGGCACCUGCUCAACUUACACCCGCCCAGUCUACGUUCCCGCCACGAGCACCGAGCCGCCCUUCUAUACUGACUGCUCCACCCUCACAAAGACGUACACCACCUGUAACAACGCCGUCUGCAGCACCGUCACCACCACCACUACUUCGUCCUUCACUCGCCAGGGAACUCCUACCCCUACUGGGCCUGGUGGCUCGACCAUGGUUACGAAGCCCUCUAACCCGGCCUCGCCUCCUGUCAACCCGCCUACCAACCCGUCGAACCCGCCCACCAACCCCAGCAACCCUCCUACCAACCCAAGCAACCCUCCCGCAAACCCUUCCAACCCUCCUACCAACCCUCCUUCAAACCCUCCUUCUAACCCUCCUUCUAACCCGCCUUCAAACCCUCCCUCCAACCCUCCUUCCAACCCUCCCUCCAACCCUCCCUCCAACCCGCCUGCCAACCCUCCCGCGCAGCCUCCCGCGAACCCUCCUGCCUCCAACCCUACCUCAAACCCUACCAAGCCUCCCGCCGGCAGCUCCCCCGCGACCACCCCGGCCGUCCCCACCACCGUCAGCGGCACCCGUCCCGGCACCACGUCUCCCACCGCCGUGGUUACAGCUGGCGAGCCCGCUCUGAUGGCCGCGAACGUGUUCCCGCUUAUGAGUGUUCUUGGUGCGGUUGCUAUUGGUAUGGUUGUGUUCUUGUAA